AUGGCUAUGCUGAUGGAUUUACUAGAAUUAUAUCAAAUAUCAUUUGAGAAAAUACUCGCGGAAGAAGCUAUUGUACGGUCAGAUCAUGAAAAUGGAAAAACGGCUUAUCUUGCUUGCCAAUACAUCUUUACAUCUGGUGGCCUUCUCUCCGUAGUAAAAACUUUCUUCAAAAACAUCACACCACGCAGUAAUAUUUCCUACGUCAUUGAUCUCAUGGACAAUACGACGUAUAGUCCACCCAUGGAAACCGAAAGUCUUGAAUCACCUUUUUACAGGGCCACGUUUUGUAGGAUACCAUUCUUUAAUGUGCAAGAAAUGGACAAGAUUUUCGAUUUAUAUAAUGAUAAAGUCGACCCGGAUCCGGUUCCUUUGGAUAUCAAACUAAAUAUCAUCCACGAAUCCUGCGGACAUCCUGCGUCUUUCAUGAUUCUUUUAAAGAUCUACAACGAUAUUCGUCCAGCGACUUUACUCGAUUGGAAAGUGGCAAUAAAGCAGAAUCUUAUCGAAUUUACCAACGGAACUCACAAAAAAUCAAGACAUAUCUGA